CACUGGUUUUACUGCCCAUUGCCAUCCUGCUUCAGUGAAGUGCUUUGUUCAUAGUCCUGAUCCACCAGGGACUGGACCACAGGAUCAUUAGGAAGUCUUCAACAUCCACAGCCAGGCUGGCAUGGAUUUGUUAUUCUGUCUGGAUCCCAGGAAGCUGGUGCAGCUGUUGGACAGGUAACAUGACUGUGACAGUCUCCAUCCCUAGGGGUUUCCAAAGAAUAUGACAACACAGCCAUCCUGACCUUGUGAAGCAGCCAGUCCUGCCGUGAGGGGAGCUGGAGGAUGUCCCUUCCUACCAGCACAGCUAGGAUCCUAUGCAAACACCUUCAGACAGUACAUGUCCUAUUUCAGACCUCUCAAGGGGUCCUUAAGGACUAACAACACGUCCCUGCAUCUCACUCUGGAAAGAGCAGUCAGGCAGUGCCACAUCCUGCCCUGCCAUGUCCACUACAAAGGAGAGAUUUUCAGUCACAGUUUAGCAUCAGUGAAUGUAAAUUUCCUAUCUGAAGUGGAAUUAUUUGCAGUAUAAAAGCACUAACAUGUUUUGCAAUCUACACAGUAGGUCCUGGACAGAGACUCACACACCUUUGCACUCUGAUAAGGAGAAUAUUAUUACCCUCCUAGUGGCCUGGCCAGAUAAGAGGUUUGGGGCGGGCAGUCUGCAUUUUUUUCAAGCUCUCAUUAUGCUGCACCAGUAUCUCCAGAUGCUGUUUCCAGGGAACUAAGCUGCUUUCUAAUUAAAACUGCAAAGAGCAAUGGAGAGUUUAGGCAAAGACCAUGCUUCUUCGGACUCUUCCCUGCCACCCUCUGCAGCCUGUGAGGAGUAUGCUGUGCCAGAUGUCAUCAUAACCCGUCGCUUGAGGGACCGGGAGUUGCUCAGGAAAAGAAAAGCAGAAGCCCUGGAGAAAGAUUCAGCUCAGUGGGUUAUGAGAGACUAUAAGAACGAACAGCAAAGGAGAGCCAGAAGAGCCAAAAGAGGACGGGGCCGUCAGACAGUGGUCAAGGCUGUCCUGGAGUCAGAGCCAGCAGUGGACCCCCAGCCUGACCCUCAGGAGAAGGCUGAGCCAGUGCCCUCUGAGCCAGCACUGCCUGAGCCAGGCUUUCAACAGCAGCCACCUCUGCUGACCCUCCAGAACAUGGGCGGUGGGAUGCAAGCAGUGCCAGCAGAAGGGGAGCUGGCAGAGAGGAGCUUGGACCCUGCUGGUGAAGAGGAUGUGCUGAAACCAGCAGAAGCAGCUAUACUAGAAGAGUUGAAUACUCCUCUGGAAAACGACCACCAGGAUAACGAAUUCAUUCCGCACAUUCUGUAUUAACUUUCUGAUUGUUUGGGGAUAUUUUUUAUUUUUACUCUCACCUCACAAACUUGAUAAGUACGGCACAGUGAUUUUGAGCAGCUGCUUUCUUGGGAGCCAUAAAGCCCAUACUCUCCAUGUCACUUUGCUUUCUAUGCUUCCUCCAGGCUAGAGAGGCAGCCCCUAGGGAGUUGCCUGUGGCUUAUGAGCCUCCUGCUCUCUCUGCAAACAGGCUGUUUUUCUUGGGCCCAUGGAGGGCUUCACAGUGCUCUGCCACACUACAGUUCAGUCGUACAGUCCAGCAUCCACCUGUGUUUCUGAAAGUAAUUUCUUAUUUGCAUAAAUGUGAGUGGCAUUGCAAAGCGAACACUCACCGUGAUUUUUUGCUGGCUGGAGCAGCCCAGCUUGGGCUUUUUACUGCACCCCACAAACCCCACCACCCUUUGCACCAUUAUUUUUAGUCUGAAAGUUUUUCUCAUAGCCUGUUUUCAUCUGCAAUAAACAUCUUGCUUUCCUAAA